AUGGAGGUGGAGUCAAGUUCGAAUGUCAAUGGGGAAAGAAAUCGGUCGAAUGGAUAUGGGCAUGGACAUAGAUAUCAGCAUCAGGAUGACAAUGGUGGGAUAGAAGUGGAAGAGGACAGAUGGUCAAAAGGAUCGGCGGCAGUUUCUUCAACUACUCCACCUAGCUCCACGUUCGAAUUUACAUUUCCUCCCAUCCACUCUACUACAACAACACCAGAUCGACGUCGUCAAGCUCCACCAACCAAUAUACCCAACUUUCCAGGAUCUCACGAACCCAGAAACCCGCCACCGAGCGUACCCUUCUCACCCUCACCUACACAAUCGCCGAUGGCAAGUUCACCAUUCCGCUCACCCGAUCCUCCCCCUGCUGGACCAUCUGCACGUACACCGGGCUUCAACCUUCCCCUCUCACAGCCUUACGUCACUCCCUCUGCAUCAGGCGUCAGCUCGCCAUGGCACUCUCUAGCCGCCGCUUCAGGUGCUCCGACACCCUCUUUGGAGGGGGGUUCGAUGGGAAGAAGUAGUCCGCAUUUGGGAUAUCCAUUUGAACGUCUUAACAUCGGUGGAAGUUGGAGUGGCGCAAACCUCUGGGGAGAAGGUGCUCAAGGAAGAAGAGGAUCCGCAGAUUCCACUGGAGGUGGACCAGGCUCAAGUCCAGGUAAAGCUCCAAUGCAAUUAUCAUCGCCGCCACCCAUGGUCUUGCCGCCACCUGGACCGGCCAGAGGACUGAGUAACGAGACUUUACUGCGGUAUAAAGCUAUGGCUAACUCCGGAUCAUCUCUAUCACCUGCAAUGGCGAAAGGUCCUAGUCAAGGUGAAUCUGGUUCGUCACCAACAUCAAGAGCUUCCUCUAGUGACUCCACCACGCCCCCCUCACUGCCACCUGCUUUGGCCCGCAGGAGAGGCUCGAUUCCCAAGGCCAGCACCAGCGUCCCGUCUCUGUCCCUUCCGCCUUCCCGAGGGGGAAAGUCACCUAGUCCACUUGCAUCGAGCUCGACUACAUCAUCACCGGGAGCAGGAGGCAAACGCUUACAACCAAUAACAGCCAAGUCACUCUUACCUUUGUUAUCCUCGCCAUCAACCCUUGUACUUGAUGUACGACCACCAUCAUCGUUCCAAAAUUCGCAUGUCCCUUCGUCUUACUCACUCCCGAUCCCAUCUACACUGCUUCGUAGGCCAGCUUUCAACCUCGACAAGCUGGUCCAAAUGCUACCGUCAGACACCACAGAAGCUGUUCUGCGGUGGCGUGAGAAGGGUGACAUCGUGCUCAUCGAUGCAGAUAGUGGAUCGGUAUCUGACGGAAGCGUGUUAGAUGGAUUGUCUUCCAAGUUCGAGAGAGAAGGAUAUACAGGACAUUUAUGGUUUGUAAAAGGCGGUCAUUCCGCUUUAUCGUCCCAGCGAGAUGUCAGAUUGGUAGCUCAAGAUGAUGCAGCUGGAGCAGAAGGACAGGGAUCAAGUACGGCCUCUGCUGCAGAUGCUGCAGUGAAUAAGGGAAUGAUGGCUGGAACGCUAGGUACUUUAGCUUUUAGACAAGAAUCGACGGAAGGUCGGAGCAGACGCGCGCCACCACCUACAGGUCUUUCGAUACCGCCUACACCAGGAUUCAAUUUCAAAUCUAACCCUUUCGGGAUCUCUCUGCCUGGAUCUCAGACUUCUACAGCUACCGAACGACCAUUGACGACCGGACGCGAUCUGACGCUGAGCGGCAUGCCUUCACCCAAGAAAGCGAAAUUGCAACCUGCGAAUCCCUUCUUCGACAAUAUCCGACAGAAUCUCGAACUCUCCCAUGGUGGGAUCACCGAGCGAAUCCCCCUGAACUUACCGGACCAAGUGAUGAAGCGUGUCGAAGAUUUACCUGAAUUCUUACGUGAUCUCGCUAUCAUGCCAGAGAAAGAUAGUAUGGACCAGUUGGCGAAGCAGUUCUAUGAUCUGGAAUUGAACGAGCAGAAGAGAUUACAAGCUGUUAUGGAAUGGCAUAGUAAAGGAUCGGGAAUGAUGUUGAAUGAUAAAGCCGGGAAAGAAAGUUGGGCGGAGAAAAGACAUCAUGAUGCGGAAGAAGUACAGAGAUUGACGAAUUGGAAUGGAGAAGAAGCGACUUUGCAAGAUGAUUAUUUCCCAUUCUCCAUUACUGCUGGUGUAGAGAGAGGUACGAAGAAUAGGUAUAAGAACAUCUGGCCCUAUGAUUUUUCGCGAGUCCGAUUAGAACGACCACCAGAUGAAGAUUCAGAUUACAUCAACGCAUCUUACGUCCAACCCCGAGGUACUUCCAGACGAUAUAUCGCUACUCAGGGGCCACUGGAUGCGACAUAUCAUGAUUUUUGGACUUUGGUGUGGGAACAAGGUGUACGGGUGAUCGUGAUGAUCACAAAGCAGUUCGAAGGAGGUUUAAUCAAGUGCGGUAAUUAUUGGGGAGAUAAGGCAUAUGGUUUUUUGCAUCUUCAUGUGGUCUCCCAAACGGGAGGUGAAGAUCAAGUACAACAACCAACAACAGGAUUUGAUUUUGGUCCUGCUGCUGUUACUCCACGAACCACGUCUUUUCCUACUGGAAACGAACGAAAUAUAAAACGAGUGUUCAAGUUGACGAACCACGACGAACCGGACGAACCGCCAAGAACGAUCGUACAAAUCCAAUGUAUAGGUUGGCCAGAUUUCGAUGUUCCUGAAACUCCGGAAACUCUCUUCAACCUGAUCAAAGAUGUUGAUAAUGCUGUGGAGGAAUCGGAAACCGUUGGACGUGAUGAUCGAUCUAGCCAACCUCCUGUUUUGGUCCAUUGUUCCGCCGGUGUCGGUCGAACGGGAAGUUUCAUCAUUGUUGAUGCCAUUCUGGAUGGGCUCAGAAGGGAGUUACGCGCUCGAAGAGGGUCGUCUGUGCCUUCUUCUGGAGAUCCCCGCGAUACCGAGCGAUCAGCAUCUGUCACCUCGUCGGCCAAUCCAGUCGUCAGCUUUGGAAAUUCGGACUCAGGUCAUAAGAGCCAAGAUUCCGGCAAAGCUGUAUCCUUCUUAUCUCCUCCGGUCAGCGGUACCGCCUUGAGUGAUUCGAGUCGACCAAUCUUGACGUCCUCGCCAUCCCCCUUGACUACCACCGUGACCGCUCCCACGCCCCCCUUCCAGCCACUCACGGCUGCUGCGUUGGCUGAGAACUCGUCAAAUCAAGCGCAAGAGGAGAAGAUGGACAUCGAUGCUGCCUCGGAACCUCAGGGUCCACCAAGGGACGAGAAGUUCUUCCAACAUCGAGGAAGUAUCUCGACCCAUUUCUCCAGUGAAGCUGGUGGUGAUACUCGACGACCGAGUCUGGCUUCGACUAAGCACUCUUCCGAUAUGCUCCCUCCUGAUGCGAUGUCUCAAAACAAUGGGAAAGAUCUCAAUGCGCCUAUGCCUAUCAUCCGAUCGGAUAUACAACAUCGAACACCCACACCUAUAAGCGAAAUGGAAAACCCUGUCGCAUCGGUCUUAGAAGGUAUGCGAGUUCAACGGAUGUCCCUUGUUCAAUCACUUCGACAGUACUUGUUCGUUCAUCGAGCUAUCAUACAUAAUUAUCUGCACAUUUUGGACGAGGAGAAUGAAGCACUCGGAAUACAAUCGAAAUCCUCUUCGGGCUCUGUAUCAGGUGGUAUGGUUAAUAUGGGUUUGACUCCUGCUAAAUCCGAUUCAACUUCUGGAAGUACCAGUACGAUCCCUAGUGUAGGUACAGCGGGGACGGAUGAUGAUAUGCACUCGAAGAGACGAGCGUCUCCAACUGAACUUGAAAUUGAAACGAUGUCUUCGAAAGGAGGACUGGACGAACAUGGUAAGAUCUUAACUAGGACCCUCGGAGAAAUGGCAUCGACAACAUCAAGUGGAUUAAGUAAAAGACCGAGUUUUAAGAAGAUGCGUCCUGCGGUAGAUUCAAUGAUCUCACCUACAAGUAAUACUUCCAAUUCUACCGAUUCCACCAAUACCAUAUCUUCGACUGGAUCUGGAGGAUCAUCAAUAUCGACUUCGUCUACUUCCUCACCACUUAGUCCGACGAAAAAAAGUAAUAGGUUGAGAAGCAAGAGUAAAUUAGGUUUGCAUUUGGAUAUGGACAGUGGUGGUUUGCCAUUGAGUUUCGGUACGACUGGAGAACAGGGACAGGGUUUGGAUAAAGAGAAAAAUCUAGAAAAGUAG